AUGCCAUCCAUUACUCCUCCACAAGCAGCUCCAAGCUGGUCACACACGCCCGAACAGGUGCUCAGUCUGACGAAGGAUGCAAUUGCGAAGUAUACAGAGGUGUUGGAUAAGGUUGCUGCGCUCCCUGCCUCAGGAUGCAAUUUUGAAUCUGUGUUUGUCGCACUAGCUGAUGCUGAGACCAUUUUUGACAUAAUUACCGAACCCCUUGCAUUCUAUCAAAAUGUCUCAUUAGAAAAAGAGCUUCGUGAUGCGUCCAGUGAGGCCGAGUCUAUUGUACGCGAUUUCGGUGUCGAGUCAUCCAUGCGAUUGGACGUCUUCCAGGCCAAAGUCUCUGCUGAGAAAAAUUUGCGCGAAUCUGGUCAAUAUGACAAGCUCAACAAGGAAGAGCAAAGGCUUGUUGAGAAGAUGGUGCUUGAAGGCAAGAGGGCAGGUCUGGCCCUUUCGGAGGAAGAGCGAGAAGAGGUGAUGAAACUAAAGAAAGAGCAUUCUCAGGUUUGUUUAGAUUUCCAAAAGAACUUCAAUGAAGAGAAUGGUCAUGUGACGUUUACGCUCGAGGAACUGGAAGGUGUUCCAGCGGAUGUUAUUUCUGGCUUUACCAAACGCACUGAGGGCUCACAAGAAGUCUACGAUAUCACGUUUAAGACACCGGACAUAUUUCCUGUUUUCAAAUAUGCCCAGAACCCUUCGACGAGAAAGCGGGCUCAUGAAGUGUUCGAAGCUCGCCUUGAGAUCAAUGUUCCACUUCUUGAGCGCGCACUAGAACUCCGUCGCCGUAUUGCUGCAAUCAUGCAAUAUCCAACUUGGGCAGACUAUAUCACUGAAGUGAAAAUGGUUAAAUCGGCCAAAGGUGCUGAAGAGUUCCUAGAUGACCUCGAAUCAAAGUUACGGCCUGUCGGUCUAAAGGAGCGCGAUAUUCUUAUUGCCCUUAAGAAAGAAGAUCAUGAAAAGCGUGGUUUACCUUUCGAUGGAGAACUCAAUAUCUGGGACUACAGGUACUACGACAGGUUAUACAUCGAACGUACACUGGAUCUGGAUGAUUCUCUCGUUAAGGAGUACUUCCCUGUGUCGGUAGUGGUACCCGCGAUUCUUGAUAUCUAUCAAAACCUCCUCGGUGUACGUUUCCAAGAAAUUAAGGACAACGAUGUCUGGCAUCCUGAGGUACAGAAAUUUGCAGUCUGGGAGAGCGAUGUAAAGGACGAGUCAGGUUUUGUUGGAUACUGCUAUCUCGAUUUGUUCCCGCGCGCCUCCAAAUACUCGCAUGCCGCUGUUUGGGGCCUUCUCCCUGGCUAUAAUUUGGCUGGUGGCGCACGCCACUACCCGCUGACUGCGAUGGUCGCGAACCUUGCUAAGCCAACGCCCGAGCGGCCCGCACUGAUGCGGCACGACGACGUCACGACGUUCUUCCAUGAAAUGGGCCAUGUCUUCCAUGGUCUGUUGAGUCGCACCCAGUUUGCGCGCUUCCAUGGGACAGCUGUGGCGAGGGAUUUCGUUGAGGCUCCUUCGCAGAUGUUGGAAAACUGGUGUUGGGAGCCUAAGGUCCUCGCGAAGAUGUCCAGCCACUAUGAAAAGCAGGAACCCUUAUCCCCGGAACUCAUCGACAAGAUUAUCAAAAGUCGUUACGUGAAUGUCGGGUUAUUCUACCUUCGCCAACUCUUUUUCGCCAAGUUUGACAUGAAAGUACACGUCGAUCAAAAGCCAACGGACUACACCAAGCUUUGGAAUGACUUGCGAGAGUCGGUGUCCCUUGUCAAAGGUGGUAAACCGGGACCUGGCCAGGCUAGCUUCGGGCACAUCGUAGGUGGCUAUGAUGCGGGAUAUUAUGGGUACACAUACUCCCUUGUCUUUGCUGCCGACAUGUACGCGACAAUUUUCAAAGAGGAUCCGCUGGACCCUGCGCGGGGAAAGCGCUAUCGUGACAAGAUUUUGCUUGUGGGCGGCAGUCGCGACGAUACAGAGUCAUUGGAGGACUUUUUGGGCCGUCCCCCCAACUCGGAUGCCUUCUUGGAGGAAGUAUUUGGUACCGUACCUCCAUCGUCGAAUCUGUAGCACCUUCAAGCUGGGAAGGAAGAAUUUGACCUGGUCAUGUUUGGCUUCUAAUCUGACUACUAUUAUCACGCAUGUAAAUGGUUUGCAAUUGUACUCAUCACUUCACUUGACUUUUCCCGCCUUUGAAACUUGAUCAACCACCACGCAUUUUCGUUGCACCUC